AUGGUGCCCUAUCUGAGCAAGUAUUUGUACUCGACGUCUUCCAAGGUCACCAAAGGGGAGACAGACGUGGUCCAAGCUUUCGCAAUAGCCCAGCAGCAGCAGAAGGAGUCGAAGGAGAAAGAGCGCACCGAGAGAGCAAGGCAAGGAAGAUACUUUCAAAGGCGAACUGACGCAGACGCUGCUUACCCCGUCCUGAGAGUCAGAGGUGCACUGGAGAGCUUGAACAGAGGAGAACCUCGCAACUUCGCUGCAGCUGUGGCCGUGACACUGCACCACCCUGAGAAAUCACCCCUGAACACCACCCACCUCAGACACCAGUAUCAGCGCCUUCUGCGGUCCACAGGUGACAUCGGCAGCAACCACACCUCUACAGCCCGCCCGCGACCAUUCUCAACUGUUAACACCGCUGAGCCACGCCCGCGACAGCAACCCAUGCGCAUCCAGGCCCACUCCUGA